AUGUCAGACUCUGGGGAAGAGGGCCCCGGCGCAAAACGCCAGGGAAGCACCAGGAACAAGAGUUCUCCGGUGAGCAUCGACUGGGAAGAUGAGGAGGAAGUGGUGGCGAGGGACACGGUUGAGGAUUUGGUGGACCACUCUUCGGGAAAAGGAAGCACCUUGAUGGAGAGGGACACGGUCCAGGAUUCGGACUCGCUGGCCCUUUCCUCAGGAAAAAGUAACACCUCAAAAGAGAGGGACAAUGUUCAGGAUUCGGUGAACAAUUCUACGGGAAAAAGUAGCACCUCAAAGGAGAGGAACACGGUUCAGGAUUCGGUUGACAAUUCUUCGGGAAAAAGUAGCACGUCAAAGGAGAGGAACACAAUUCAGGAUUCGGUGGACCGUUCUUCUGGAAAAUCGGGUACCGUGAGAAACACGGUCCAGGAUUCGGUGGACUAUUUCGUGGAAAAAGGGAACGCAGUGACACCGAGAAACACGGCCCAGGACUCAAUUAAUUAUUCUCCAGAAAAUAGGAGCGCAGUGACGCCAAGGAACACGGUCCAGGAUUCAAUUAACUAUUCUCCAGAAAAUAGACGUUCCAGUAUCCGAGGACAGCAGUCCCGAGCGAGUAAGCUUGGGGACGACUUGCCUGGUCCCCGAACCACCAUUGCAUCGAAUGUGGAAUCGGGGACGGCAUCGGAUGAUUCUGGGGCCGCCAGCAGGAAGCCCAGCCAGGAUGAAGACAUUCGCUCCACGAGCAAGAGCCGGCGUUUGGAAUUUCGCAGUGGGGCCGACGCCGAUUGCCAGGUGCAUGUCCUGAGCACCUGCCCCGCAUCCAAUGAUCCGGUGGCCAGUGUGUGCUACAAAAAGUUCGGCUGCCACCGGAUAUUUCUGGCAACCGCUUCCGACAAACUGGAACAGGAUGUGUCAAACAAACAGUGGAAUGGAGUACUGCAGAUCAAUGGGGUUUCCCCCGAGAGCGUGGAGAUCUUCCUGGAGUUCAUAUACACCUUCGAGGUGACCUCGCCGCUGGUUCAGCUUAAUCUCGUAGGGGAUAUAUUCAUCUUGUCCUGCGCCUACAACAUCCCGGAACUCCUCCGAUCCUUUUCCGAGAAGCUUAAGCAGCAGGAAUGGCCUCUGGAUGUCUUUCCUGCUUUUGACCUGGCUUUCCGGCACAACCUCCGAUCUGGAAGGAUUUGCAUGGAGAAAAUCUUGGAGAAAGGAGAGAUAUUGACCAGGGAACGUAGUCUCAUGGAUCUACAAAUGUACGCCUUGAACUAUGUGAUCCAGCACUGGUUGGUGGCGGAACUGGUGUCCCAGGAUGAUCUCAUCAACAUAUUAAAGCAGUACCAGGAGAUCAACGAGAUCACCUUUGCCAACACCCAGAUUCCCCAUUUUACCAAGAUAAUCAAGUAUUUCCCCAGUGUCCUUUUGGAUGCCGAGGGGUUUAUUAAGCAAUAUUAGAAACAGGUUUGAAUUCUCCUUUAUUUUUGACCCUUCGGAAAGAUAUAGUUCAAUAAA